CCAAGUUCUAUUGAUAAAAAAAAUAAAAUUAUAUUGAUCCAUCCUCUAUGGCCGUCUCACCUAACUCAAGCUCUUUAGAAUUAUCAAUAUCACUUCCAAGCUUCUCUCAAUCUUCUUCACACCCUUCAUCUGGUGAGCACAUGGUGAGAGAUUUUGACAUAAAUCAAACUCCAAAGACGGAGGAAGAAGAUCAUGAGCGGAUCAUGAUCGGUGCAGCAACGCAUGCCAACGAAGAAGAUAGCAACUCCGGCGACCGGCGGCGCAAAAAGCUCCGUCUAACUAAAGAGCAAUCACAUCUUCUUGAAGAGAGUUUCACACAAAAUCAUACCUUAACCUCUAAACAAAAACUAGAAUUGGCCACUUUUUUGAAGCUUAGUCAAAGGCAAGUUGAGGUGUGGUUUCAAAAUCGACGAGCUAGGAGUAAGCUCAAGCAUACGGAGAUGGAAUGUGAGUAUCUAAAGAGAUGCUUUGGGUCAUUGAAGGAGCAAAAUCAACUUCUACAAAAAGAAGUUGAAGAACUACGAGCUCUAAAGCCAGUGCCAGCCUCAGUUUUAACCAUGUGUCCUCGGUGUGAACGUGCGACUGAUGCAACAGAUAAUGCCGUCAAGGAGGGGACAGCUCCGAGAAGCCAGUCACGGAUGACAAUUUCCUCUUCCUCUUCCCUGUGUUGACUGGCUCGGUCAAAAGUCAAAUAUUGAAAUGUCUAUUUAGGGUGGAAAGUAAAGAUUUGAUGAUUAAUUAGGAGGAUUUUGUGCAUAGUUCUCUAAUUAUUUAUCACACCAAUGAGGACAAAAAAAAAAGAAUUAGUUUAAUCGUUUUAUAGGGUUUUCAUGUAUUUCUAACUUUACGUUCCAUGUAAUUGAUUCGUAAGUUCGUAACUUUAUUUUUCGUGUCCGUUUGGAUUAAAUGGGUAUUAUUGACUUCAUAAUUGAUAUUUCAUCUUGUGCUAAUACACGGCGAAUGUAGAGUAGUUACUGAAUGGGAAACUAGAUAUAUUAGUCACUGAUAUAAUUGAUGUAUUAACGUCAUUGUUUUC